CGAAACCGGCGAAAAGCAAACGUCAGCGUGUGCCGUCUCUUUCGGGUUCUUUUUCCGGUCGGCCAUCAGUGCCAGUGAAACACAUUUCACUAAGCCAAAAUGGGUAAGAUUAUGAAAUCUGGUAAGGUGGUACUCGUCCUCGGUGGACGGUACGCCGGUCGCAAGGCUAUCAUCAUGAAGACGUUCGAUGACGGCACGUCGGACAAGCAGUUCGGCCAGGCCCUCGUUGCCGGCAUCGAUCGCUACCCGCGACGUGUGACGCGAAACAUGAGCAAGGAUCGCAUCCACAAGCGUUGCAAGAUCAAGCCCUUCAUCAAGAUGCUGAACUACAACCAUCUGAUGCCGACGCGCUACAGCGUGCCAGACGUGAACCUGGACAGCAAAUACAGCGUGGCUGACAUGAAGGAUCCGGCCAAGCGGAAGAAGGCCCGCAACCAGAUCCGCUGCAAGUUCGAGGAGCGACACAAGACCGGCAAGAACAAGUGGUUCUUCCAGAAGCUCCGUUUCUAAGGCAACAACCUACUGUGAACAGAGGGGAAGACUCCGAUGGAACCGGGCGGUGGGCGGAAGUAAAGAAGUCAGAGAGUACGAGUUUAUCGCGGCGGGGAUGUAUCUUCUGCGUGCGGGUGUGUGUCAUUUCCGGCCGUUUUUUUGCACGCGGCUGGUGGCGGUGUUGGAGGUGCAGUGUGUGGCGAGCUGGGGCAGCGAUGCACUCCGAGUUGUGUAGUGUGUGUGUGUGCGUACGUGUGUAUGUGAUGGUGUGCUUUUUUGAGGAAGAAUCGAAGAAGAAAAGUCCACACGCACGCACCCGGUAGAGGGGUUAUCCAUCCAUCCAAUCCAGAUCGUGUCCAUCUGCUCCUGUCCCCGCUGGCAGCCAUGUAAACUGAUUCGGAACCGGAACAACAUUCAUCGGUUCCGUGGUGUGAACGGUCGGAGAGGAAAGCACAGGCUCGUUUAGGAUACCCAAUAAAUUCGUGUUAUCUACUUGGAAAAA